AACUUCCUCCCUUUCUAUAUUUAAAAAAACUGAAUUAAGUUUUUGACGUUUACGGGGUGCGUAGUCGCUUGCCACUGAUAUUUCUUUUCUGCGUCGACAGAUGGCGGGCGAGUAGUAGAUUGGAGUUUGUGUCGUGUGAACACACCACAUUUGCAGCGAUCUUUUGCAUGUACGGACAUUUGCGCCAAUGUCUGCGCAGACAGAUCGUUGCGUAUGGACCGGGCUUUAGACUGUGAUGGGUUUGUAGCCAGUCGCCAGAGGUGUUAGACCAGCCGUAUGUAUCUUACUGUUAUGUUCUUUGCAGACGUUUAACGGAAGUGGUAAACAGCGGUAAUUUGGAAUUGGACUGUGGAGUAUUGUUGAGUUGCUAUAAUGUCGUCUGGGAUGUCUGCUCUUAAGAAAGAAGAAAUACUGAAGAUUAUCUUAUUCCAAGAGGUGGACAGAGUUGUUACAGAGACGUCGAAGGAGAUUGGUGUAACAUGUUCAUCUGAGGUUGUGAAUGUAUUUGCAGAAAUGGCUUGGAAGAAAGCUCGUUCAAUUGCUGAAGAUUUGGAAUUGUUUGCAAAACAUGCCAAACGGAGUAUGGUAUCUUCAGAUGAUGUGAAGCUUGUUGUGCGGAGAAACCCUUCCUUGAGCCAGCAGGAGCCUCCCAGCAGAGACAUCAGGAGACUCUUCAUAUACCUACAACAGUAUGAGAGGAAGACGUACUCUACAGCUUCAAAUAUAAUUGAUGUUCAGUCAAAUACUAGUGAUUAAGAGACUGAGAUGUUG